UUGUUGUAGCUACUGCAGCUGCUGCUGCUGUUUCGCAUCAGGCGCCUUUUCUUUUAUUCCCUGUUAUUGAAACCAGAUUUGGUUUUAUGAACAGGAAACGUUUUGGGAGUGUAGGACUACUUCACUGAUUCAACGGAACGUUCAAGUGAGGAGUUCUUUGAAAUUAGAAAUUUGCCUGCGUGUUAAAUCCGGGGCGUCAGAAAAGUCAUAAAAAAGACUCAGCAUAGGAAGGACGGACUGCGAGGAUGAUGAUGCUUCUGUUGUCAUCUUGGGGAAUUUCGUCAGUCAGCGAGGCUUCAUAGAUGACCACCUCGUUUGUUGGGAGUAAAGAGGCUUUGAAUGGUCUCCUGCAUCUGAGAAAACUGCUCAAUUCUCCGUGCAUUGCGUCCGGCUGUCAUAGUGCGUGCUCGUUUAUGCAUGCGUCCGUGCUUUCACGCUGUCCAUCCACUCAGCACACAUUUCCCUUCAAUAUUUGCGUAAAGUUGUCGAACUGAAUUAAUUCAGGAUACAUUCUGUGACGGCAUUGUGUGGGUAUCGUCUCCAUCCUUUUCAUCAUGGUUAGAGGCUUGCGCCCGGGUAUGUUGCUCGGACCUUUGGCUGGCUAUUCCUUGACGUUCCUCUGCUUCGUGGCUAUAGCUUCGCUGCCUGGAUCACUAGCAUCGUACUUACAAAGUGGCGAAUGCAAAGGGAAAGGAAAAGACUGCACAGAUCUGUCAGAGAAGAAGAGUGACCUGCGAGUGUGUGACGACUCCAGUUGCCGUUUUGGAGGGGUCUGCAGGGACGACGGGGCCACACUAAAGUGUGUGUGCCAAUUUCAGUGUCACAAGAACUACAUCCCUGUGUGUGGCUCCAACGGAGACACCUACCAGAAUGAGUGCAUUCGGAGGCAGGCCGCAUGCAAACAGCAGAGGCAGAUCUCCCGGGUGUCCGAUGGGCCGUGCUCUGCAGAUACUGGCUCUGGCUCUGGAGAUGGAGAAUACGAAGGCUCCGGCUCAGACCUGGGGAAGAAGUUCACUAAGUGCGGCACAUGCAAGUAUGGAGCAGAAUGCGAUGAGGACUCUGAGGACGUCUGGUGCAUAUGCAACAUUGACUGCAGCGGCCAUAAUGAGAAUCCAGUGUGUGCCACAGAUGGGAAUUCCUACAACAACCCCUGUCUGGUCCGAGAGGCCUCGUGUAUGAAACAGGAGCAGAUUGACGUCAAGCACCUCGGGAGAUGCCCAGCGGAUAAAGAGAGAAUAGGAAAGAAAGAGGACGGCAGUUCCUACAAACCUGAGAUCACAGACACAGCCGACCAGGGGGACGGUUUCUACGCCGGGAUGUCCAUCCCCUGUGCAGAGACCUACGCCGGCUUCUGUGUACAUGGGAAAUGCGAGAUCAAGUACAACAUGGCCACCUGCAGGUGUGACUCCGGUUACAAGGGGGCGCAGUGUGAGGAGCCUCAGGACUUCAACAUCCUGUAUGUGGUACCCAGCGGCCAGAAGCUCCACUACGUGCUCAUAGCCGCCAUCAUCGGCGCAGUGCAGAUCGCCAUCAUUGUUGCCGUGGUGAUGUGCAUCACAAGGAAAUGCCCAAAAAACAACAGAGGCCGUAGACAAAAACAAAACCUUGGACACUUUGCAUCAGACACUAACUCCAGGAUGGUAUAGCUUGUGUUUUUAUAUAGAUUUUUCUUACAAUGUGGAAUACCAUUUUUUUUUUUAAAUAUAAGGUGUUGUUUUAUUCUUUUUUUCUUCCUGGAAAACAAAAAAAGGAAGAAUGAGGAUAUUUAUUUCAGGGGCCUUACUUUUUCGUUUCUCUGGUGGAUAUUUUAAACAUUUACGGACAGCUACAGACUGAUAUGAAGAAACUGUUCACCAAGCCAUUUGUUUUUUCUAUUCCUGUUUCUUUUUUUUUUUAGCUUUUUUUUAUAUUGUACCUUUUGCAAACUGGGAAAUGAAUCCUAAGGAAACAUAGGCACUGUCUGCUUGUAUGGAAUGUGCUACGCAUUGGAAACAAUUAUUUCUGAGUCAAUCUCUCUCUCUCCCUUUCUCUUUGUCUCUUUCCAUCUCCUCUUACAAAUGAUGUGCAGCUGAUCACCAAAAUGAAGUUUUUAUUUCUUGGGUAAGGGGUCAGCCGGCGAGGUGAAUAAUAUGUUUACACUUAUUCUUUGAUAUGUAAUUACAAUUUUAAAGAAUACACUGUGUUUAACGAGCUAAUAAUUUAUUUUUAAUUAACGCUUACGUCUGUUUUUCGUUACCGAUAUUAUUACAUUAUUAUAAUUUUUCUAAUUCUAGUUACUGUAUAUCGCAUGACUUGUAAAACGGUAUUCUGUGGUGUAGUUUUAACUUAAAUAAAAGGUGACAUUUAGAAGUUUCCAUCUCGGUAGCUGUCCUAGUCCGAUUAUUCCAAGACAUUAUGAUGUGGUUCCAUGUAAAACCUAAUUUGGGGGAUAUAUUGACAUGUUCUGAGGAUUUGUCAGUGAGAAGUUUUAUUGAUUUUUUUUCCUCCGUCAGUCAUCUAUAAACCAGUUGUGAACAUCAUCCCAGUUAAGUACCUAUGAUGGAAGUUUUACUUUAAUGGCGGAGACAUGAAAGUGGAUUGUGAUGCUUUGAAACAAAAAGUUUUUGUGAGUUUGUUUAAAAAUAUUACCAUCACAGAUUUGAAUUGGAAGGGCUGUUGUCCUUCGGGGGAGCAGUGUUAUUUCAUGUCACAAUAUAAAAUCAAGGACAAUACAUCGAAACUCAAUACAUGAUACUCAUGUAAUAGACAAAUUCUCAGUUGGCAAAAAUGGAUGUAAAAAAGGGGUUUUCUUUGAAUGUGAGGAUUGUAAUGCUGCUUUUUUCUCUCCACAAUAUUGUAUGUAAAUUUGCCCCUCAGCAGACAUUCUGAAUACAGAUAAAAUGUGGAAUAUAUGAAUGAAUAGGUGGAAACUGAACACUUCCGAGCUCCAAAGUGUAUUCUUAACUGCCAAGUUGAGGGGACCUGUGUUCAAAUUGUCCAUCACUGGGGCCUUUAUGUAAAUGUAUUUAGUCUGUGUUCAUCAGCUCGUAGGUCUUUGAGCAAAGUGAUUCUCAUUGUUGUUUACCAUCCCAGCCGUGACUAGAAAUGUGACUAGAAUGUGUUUGACAUGAUGUUGAUCUUCUGCAUGUAGGACUUUAUAGGCCUUUUUGUCCCCAAAAAAUAAAGAGGAAAUGUUUUUUAACGUA